AUGGCUCAGGAGGGGGUUGCUGGUGGAAAUUCAGCGGCGAUGAGUGCAACGCUGGGAGAUUCCCUGGAUUGCCCUGAAGAGCGGAUGCUUUCGAUCUUUGAGCGGGUAAUCACUACGAAUGCUCCCAUCUUUGAGUCUCUACUGCUACAAAUCCCGACCGAUACUAUCAUCAAACUAUACCAUACGUCUCAAUACCUUCGUACCUUUCUUCGAUCAUAUCCGACCGCAUGGAAAUCGCUCUCGUUUCGCCUGCCCUUUCCCCCGGGAACUUUACCGAGCCCUCAGAUCACCGACCCAAAUAUUGCAGAUGCAGAGAUCCCGCGUCAAUCUCGACCUUAUGCCCUAGACAUGUUCCUGAUGAAUGUGGUGAUUCCAUUCAGUGGGUGUUUGAAGAGCCUGGAACUGGACAACACGGCGAUAUCGGGGGAGAAUCUCACAUCCACGGUGCUGCAUUCGCGUCGGGAGACGCUGGAACACCUUUCCGUCCGAGGUUGCAAGAACGUAUCCCUCAAAUAUCACAUAGUGCCGUUCCUCACUAUGUUUGCUCUGCAACGUGACAUGGAUAUGGAGAACACGUCCGGUACUCAUUCCCCUGGGAUGAAACGACUUGCCCUCAAGAGUCUCUACGCUUACCGAUGCCGUCACCACCGCAGGAGACCGUACCUUUCUUCUUCACUGAUGCGGAAGGAUGCUGAUGCCGAAUCGACACAUGAGCUUGUUAACAUCUGCCACAAGCUAGGAAUCUGGACAGAUACUGCCUGGUGCACCACGCCAGCCGGGAGGUGCGCUCGUAGAGCCGGUUAUGUCAAAUCGAGAUUCCCGCAUGGAGCAGGAUCACCGGAAGUUUGGGUGGUUUUUGAUCGACUCUGGAGAUCUAAGAACUGGAUCGGUCCUAUCGAACUUGAGGACCCUGGACCACGCGUGCUUGACGGCAAGCUAUGGGAGAACUGUGACACUGGAUGUUUUGGCGAGGCACUGGGGACUGGCGAGGGCAUUGACUGGGGCGAAGGCAAAAUGACUCCGACUCACCUGCGUCAAAGUCAUACAAAAUUUGUCCGCGGCAUUCGCUGUGACGGUUGUCUCGAGGACAUUUCAGAGCGGUGUGAGCAUUGCAGCGUCUUGAUGCACUGUGUCGGGUGCCGUAAGACACUCUGUGCGAGCUGUGCCUAUGAACGCCCGUAUCUUCACAGGACCAUUCCAUCUCCCUCGUCCGAAGGCAACCCGAGCACGACACCCUCCUUCUGGUGGGCCCCUGGCGCCACACACUCUCCGGGGUCAAUGCAGGAUCCUGUGGAUUAUCUGACGGACCCCAAUCUACCCGCGACUUCAAUGUCAGACACGACACCUAUCCUCAACUUUCACUGGUGCUGCACCAAGCCCGACCUCUCUGGGGGAGGCGGCAUCAGUAUCGGACCUCGCAAUCGUGAAGUGGACCAGGUCCGAGCAGUACCUUUGCCCCGAAAUCAAGGUUGGGAGGAUCUGGAGUACACGGUCAGCGAAUGGAGCAAGUCCUUUCCCAAGUAUGCAUAUGGUGAUCCGAGCAAACCGGACUACUCACUCGAGGCGGGACAUCUGGCGAUGAUGAAAUGGUUGCUUGGACCGCCUAAUCGGCAAGUCUCACCAUGCCCGCGCAACUUGUGCCAGGGAUGUUAUGAUUCCCCGCAGUGGAAGGUCCACUGCAAGAGCUGCUCCAAGCCACUCUGCAUUGAGCAUGACCUCCGUGGAUUACGCCUUCGGAUCUGCGGUUACCGUGACCUCGAAACGGAGAAGCAGACCAUUCAAAGUCGAUUUGCGGUGAAUAUUCCGCAAUCUUCUAACCCGGAUGAGCUUUCCGGGUACGACCUCCCAUUUAGAAGCCAGCGGCUUCUCGAUUCGGCAACUAAAGGCUUCAUUGACAACCCACAAUCAGAUAGCCUGGAGGAGCAAACCCCCGAUUCCCAUGUCGGUGAUCAAUCGGCUCAUGCAUCCUUCUUCUCCACUCAGCCAUCUCGCUCCUUCUCAGUCCCGACGUCUAAUCACUCCUCCCCACCGUCAUCCUCAUCCUCGAUCUACUUUGAUUCGCCCAUCGAGACUCCGAAAUGGCAAGGUUGUCAAUCCUUUUUCUGUCCUCCGGCUGAUCCCAUCACUGGUAUCAGGGAUGUCAGAGGCGGCAUCCGGGAUCAGCGCCCAAGGUGUCCCAGCUACCUCCGAGAAUGCACGGGCUGCAAGGUGUAUGUAUGUGCGGACUGCAUCUAUGCCUACCCGCCCUGCAAAUGUUCGUAUUGCGAGGAGCACUACUUGUGUCCCAAUUGCAUGAGAGAUGGCCCUCGAGAUAACCGCUGCCGUCGCCGCCGAGAGGAAAAUGCGCGGUGCGAGCGGAAGUGGAAAAAGGACAUGCAGGUGCUGGAAAGCAUCCUGGAGCUGAAGGUGGCUAAUGAGCUGGCAGAGUUCGCUGGCGAGUUCUUUGGCCUCGUCGAGCAGCGCGAUAUUUUACCCUCGGGGAUCAGCUACGAUGACCAGAUCACCGAUCUCUAUGAAGGCGACGUUGCAGCAGCGGAAGUAUCCGCCUCGUACUUUGAGCCUGAUGACAUUGACUGGUUCCUUCAAGACUCAUAUUAG